AUGCACACAGUUGAUGAGUGCCAUGCUACCAACAUCGACUCGAAGAGAAAUGGUGAAACCAGAAAACGUGGAAGAGUGGCAGCUAAUGCGGAAGCCCAUUUAGAACGAGCGGACGAUGGCUCGGUGGUGUGUGGUAGAACUAGUGAUGGCAUCGUAUUUGAAGUGCCUCGAACGUGUGAUAUGCUUCACACCUUACUCGACCCUCGACUACAGAAAACUGUUUUGGACGUAAUCACUGUAUUCAUCCUUAGCAGCUAUGUUGUGCUGUUCUUCAUAUUACCUUCUUCAUGGCGUAUACCUGUCUUUUUUGCCAUGUUCCUAUCAUGGAGAGCGGCCUACAACGCUGGCAUUGGAUAUCUUCUCUACAAACAAUCCAACCACAAAGCUUUAACCGAAUUGACAAAAAAAUACAAGAUUUUUGAACCUUCUGACUGGUGGGUUCACCGCUUUGUGAUGAAAGACCUCAGGGCUCGAUUAUCCGUUGAGACGAACGAAGAAGUGAACAAGUACCCAAAUGAGCUCAAAACAUGGAUUCUUUUCCGGCAUCUGGUCGAUUUGAUUUUGAUGAGUGAUUUUCUGGCCUAUGUAUUGCUAGGGAUAAGCGUCCUGCACUCAACUGACCACUCCUGGAUCGUUGUGUGCGCUCGCUGGGCAGCUGGCUUGCUUUUGCUUGCCUUCAAUUUAUGGGUGAAAAUUGAUGCUCAUCGUGUUGUUAAAGAUUAUGCUUGGUAUUGGGGCGACUUCUUUUUCUUGGAAGAUGUGAAUCUCACCUUCGAUGGUGUAUUCGAGCUGGCCCCCCAUCCAAUGUAUUCUAUCGGGUAUGCUGCUUAUUAUGGUGCAUCUCUCAUCACUUCUUCUAUGACACUUUUCGUUGCAUCAGUCACUGCACACAUGGCACAAUUCGCAUUCCUGAUUUUUGUGGAAAACCCCCACAUCGAGAAAACUUACAAUCCAGCUGGAAGCAACAAAAAGGCUGAUGAUCAGGACGACUUGACUAUGUUCACACCUAAAGCGAUGAUUGGUUUGCUCAAUUUCAAUUUCACUCGCAGUAGUGAUAUUCUGGUUCUUGCGUUAGUCUCUACUACAAUUUUGCUCUACUUCGCUCCCCAGAGUGCAGUUUUGAAUAUCAUACUGUUCGCGACUGCUUUGUGCUGGCGUACUAUUCAUACUGUUGGGCUAGGACUACUUUUGAGACUUCAAAGUGACCGAAAGAAAUGGACGAGGUUGUUUCUCAAGUAUGGCCUUACCGCCAAAGAUGCAUUUAGCCAAUGGCAAGCCAUUUACAAUGCCACAAUUGUCAUGUCUUAUGUUUCUCUUUUGGUUUUAGGUCUUCGAAACUGGGAGUCACCGUUGAAUGUUCCAUUUUGGGUAUUCCGCUAUAUUGUUGGAGUCAUGCUGAUAGCGCUCCAGGGUUGGACCUCUUGGUCUAUAUUUGAUUCGCUCGGUGAAUACGGCUGGUUUUAUGGUGACUUUUUUUAUAUCAAAUAUGGCCAUCAAUUAACCUAUUCUGGAAUCUACCGCUACCUGAACCAUCCUGAACGACUCGCUGGUAUAGCAGGUGUUUGGGGUUUAGCUUCCAUCUGUUGCUCAUCGCUGGUCACCACAAUGGCUUUCAUCUGGACAUUCUAUAAUAUCGGAUUUAUCCAGUUUGUCGAAAAGCCACACAUGAAAAAGCUAUACGGAGCACAAAAUGUUGAACGUGACUCUGGUGUUCGGAAAAACAUAAGGAAGCAGGCGAGUUUACUGGAUGGGUGGGUUGAUUUUGACAAGUAUGAGAUGUUGAUUGAAAACAGUUGGAACAAGUGGAUCGUUGAAUACAUCAAGAAUAUCGAGUCACUUCGUCCAAGGGUCGAAGGCGUUGUCUCUGACACACGUAAAAUCUUGAAACAAUAUCCUGCUGCAAUGACGAAUAUCACCCGAGUAGAUCGCGCUUUAGUCUCGGAUGGGUUUAGUGUCGCGCCGUCCAAAAGUGCCUACAAUUACGGUGAACCUAUUGUUGUUAAAUGGACUGGUGGAAAGGAUCGCACAUCUAAGGACUGGGUCGGUUUGUAUAGAUAUGGCGAAAACAAUUCCAAAAAAAUUACCAAUGUUUCCUCAGCUGGACGCUGGAUAGGUGUGAAUAGGGGCCAAUUCACUCACAACCCUGAAGGUGUUUUAGAUGUUUCGGAAGAAGGAGGCUCUGUCGUGUUUGCUGGCAAACAUCUUUUCUGGGAAUCAGGUGUGUACGAGCUGCGGUACCACUAUAAAGGACGGCACAACGUCUUGGCUUUUUCAACUCCAUUUGAGAUCAAAAUAACUGAGCAGUCGUUAGAUACUACGACUGAGGUUAUUUCUAAUCGACUCAUCGAACUGAAUAAUAUCUGUCUGGGCCAGCAGGGCGCCAGCGUUGCGGAACUUAAAUUAGAUGACGAAGAAGUUCUUGCCCGCUUCACGCAUGGAAUCGAACUAAUCUUUGGAAUUGAAAUUGCCCCUUUCGUGAUCCGUGCGGAUGGAACCGCUGAAAAGCUUGCAUUGCGACUUCAAAGCAUUCAUAAGACUCUUUCCACUUUUGCGGGCUAG